CUGGCACUUGUCGCGCCGGCCCAUACGAGGCCCAGUUCCCGACACGGGCCCGCCCCGCCGUUCAUCCUCCUCCAAACCCUCCACGCCUUCCAGAACCUUCCAUUCCCCAAAUGGCCGUCUCUCUCCUCCCCGCUCCCCACCGCUCCUCGCUCCCUCGCCGCCGCUCCAGCCGCCGAGAGGAGAGUUCGGUCCCGUCACGGCAGACGCUCCACCACAAUCUUCUCCAUUAGGGCCGGCGACGGAGGUACGGGGAGGAGGGUUUUGGUGUGGUCGCUUGGUUGGGAGGGUUCUUGGGGUUUGGGUGUAUGGACCCAAUGCUGAGUCUGGUCAAGGAGGAGGAGGAGGAUGGCGACGGGACAGGCGACUCGCCGGGGGCCACGGCGGCACCGAGGCCGCUGGAGGGGCUGCGCGGUGCCAAGCCGUCGCUUUUCCUGACAAAGACGUACGACAUGGUCGAUGACCGGAGCACCGACGACGUCGUGUCGUGGAGCGCCGGCAAUAACAGCCUCGUCGUCUGGGAUCUGCACCACUUCUCCACAGUGCUGCUGCCGAGGCACUUCAAGCACAGCAACUUCUCCAGCUUUGUCAAGCAGCUCAACACCUAUGGUUUCAGAAAGGUGGAUCCUGAUCGAUGGGAGUUUGCCAACGAGGGUUUUUUACGUGGACAGAGGCACCUUCUGAAGAACAUCAGACGUCGAAGACCUCCCGCUAAUACUGCUCCAAAUCAGCAAUCUCUUGGAUCAUACCUUGAGGUGGGACACUUUGGAAAUCAUACAGAUACCGACCAGCUGAAAAGGGACAAGCAACUAUUGAUGGCAGAAGUGGUGAAGCUAAGGCAGGAACAGCAGAGCAUGAAAACGCACCUGAAAGGCAUGGAGGAGAGGCUACGUGGAACCGAGCGGAAGCAGCAGCAAAUGACAGCAUUCCUGGCACGUGUCUUCCGGAACCCUGAAUUAUUGAAGCAACUGAUUUCCCUGAAUGGGGUGAGGAAGGAGCUCCAUGACGCUAUGUCAAAGAAAAGGAGGCGUAACAUCGAUCAGGGUCCUGAAGCUGAUGACAUGGGUGCUAGUGGCAGCCUGGAGCAAGAAUCACCUGUUCUGUCUGAUCCCUAUGAGUCAGUGGAACUUCUUGGAGAGGUGUCGGUGGAACUCCUUGCUGACGGCGUCCCACCUGAGCUGGAAAGUUCAGUGGCACUCCUUGCUGAUGGGAUCCCACCUGACCUGGAAGGUGCGGCAGAACUCCUUGUUGAUGUGAUUCCAUCUGAUCUCAACGACUCAGGCAUCGACACUGACGGUGUAAAGCCACAGGAUUUUGGUCUUGGUACCUGUGAAGUGCAGCAGAACAGAGCCCAGGGGGUGUUGCAUGAUGAUUUCUGGGAGGAGCUGAUGAGCAGAGCACUCAGCGAGGAGGAUGACAGCCCGGUUAACUUGGACGACAUGGAUGCGCUGUCUGAGAAGAUGGAUUUUCUCGUCCCAAACAGUCCGACCCGCGCAACCUAGUUCCAAUUUCAUUCUGUUAUAUCGCCGUGACUUCCGCCCUGUUUCGUCUGUCCACCCUGCAGUCUGUACGCAGGGAAUUCUGCUGUGUCGAUGGUGAUUCCCCUUCGUGUCUGUCGUCUAAACUCUGCAGCGGGACAUAUUUCCAUGAAACCCUUACGAGUGUUUCCUCCGAUUGAGCUUAGAGAUCUGUUCGUUUUUCAGGCAACAUAGACUGUCAGUCUGUAAUGCGGGUAGUGCUAGCGAUUGAAUGACGCAUGUUCUGAUCUGUACGGUGUAAGACAGUUUUCUGGGGUUAAAAAAGGUGUAGUAUUGUAGAUGUA